UGCGGUCGGUCAUUGGUAGGUUUAGAAUGCCUUUGAUGUUGGUGCGAAAUGCGUGCGAUACCGCAGAAACGGCCCAGUGUGAUGUGCAUGUGUGGGUACACCUGAACACAGUUUGCUAGCUUAUCUGGGCUAAGACUGGUGUUUGAACCAUAAUACUCGAAAAAAAAAAAACGUAAACGAUGACGAAAAAUGAACGACAGUCGUUCACGGUUUUCCAAUCGGAUUCAUAUAGUGCGCAUUGAGAAUUUAUCCACCGGUGCAACGGCUGUUAUAUUAUACAUACCACGUACUAUGUACACUUCAAGCCACAACUAAUUGGUGCUUCUUGCUAUUGAAACUAGAAAGUGGGGUUUCUUUUGAUAUUGCUUAUUCGCUUCAGGCAACACUGUCCAUUUGAGGUUUCAGCCACCAUCAUAACUAACCCUGUCCGGGACAAAUGAAUCGCGGCGUGUCGCCAGAGUGUUCAGUAUACAACGACGUGAGGAUAUGAUCUGAUUUGAAAAGAACGUGUUAGCGCUACCAUACCAACUGAUGGCACCAACGCAUUCUACAGCGUUGUCUCAUAACCGGAACAAUAUCCAACACCUUCAGCAAAGGUAGCUGUUCAUAGCACAAAUGCCCUUGCGCUCGCCCAUUGUAUCACUCAGCUCGACGACCUCGACACCAUCAGCGGCACCCGAGAGGGAAUUCGAGCGUGCGACCUCCUGUCUCGGUCAAGGCCGGCCGGAUCAUAGUAGUAAUUAAUGUCUUUACGGACAAAGGUGUUGUCGUCUUCUUGUACAGAGCUCGAAGAUGGCGUAUUUGCUCGACUUCGGUAGUGUCCUCGACGGGCCCAGUGGCGACCGCAAUAACAGAGCAGUCUUGCUCUCUCCUACUGAUACGACACGCCGCCCAAUGCCCACUCCACGUGAUAGCUGGUUAGCAUCGCUAAUCGUUGCGAUGGGGACACUGGCGUUAGUGGGACUGUGUGUGACGCCGACGCGUGCGGCAAUUGCAAACAAACCCUUGUUGGCAGGAUUGGUUCGCACCCGAUCGAGUAACAGCCAUGGUUCGACGUACCACAAGACACAGUUGGCGGAUAGCCGGCAGAGACACCACCAUCAUCAGCGCCAUCAUACCACGGUAACAGCUGCCGCCGUAAACAACGAUAUGAUCGUCGUAUCAGCAGAAGCUGGCGGCUCUGCCAAUCUUCCGUGCGACAUUGAUUCUGAACUGGCCGAUGAACCGGUACUCGUCCGAUGGUUUCAUCUGAACAACUCGUCGGAUGGGGCCCCCUUCUACAUUCUGGAGGAUGCGCAGCGGAGAGGCAUCUGGAAUGCCAAUCACGAUAUAUCGGUGGAUUUCGCCGGGAAAGCAUAUUUUUCAGCGCUCAGCAGCCCAGCAAGUUUGCAGCUUUCGCGAUUAUCUCCUACGGAUGCUGGACAGUAUUUGUGCUCUGUGAGUUUCCACUCUGGGGAAGUUCGGACCCACAAUGUCUCGCUGCGUGUAGGCGUAUCCACGAGUACGCCUUUGUUAACUGAUGGCGAAGGCAGCAUACUUGCGUCACUGAUCGGACCGUAUUAUGUGGGACACAAUUUGCGAAUCAAUUGCAUCGUUGAAAAGGGUCUUCCGGUUCCGACAGUAGUGUGGAAGCGCAAUGGCAUCCCCAUCAUCGACGCAAACACCCCCGACGAGGGCGGAGGGGACAUUUCGUCGAACAGCAGCAAGUACAGGGUCAUAGCUCAACCUCGGACAGAUGGAGCACAUACAAUUCUCGACGUGGGGCGUCUUGGUCGAGAUGAACUGCGUGCUACAUUCAGUUGCGAAGCGUUCAACGAGAUCAGCGAACAACCUCUUGAAACAGCUAUAACCAUUGACCUUAUCCUGCCUCCGUUGUCUGUAGAGGUGGAACACGGCGGUAUCUCAUAUUCAGCGGGUGCUCAGGCAGAGUUUCGCUGUCGUGUAAUUGGUUCCAGACCAUUUCCAGUCGUCACAUGGUUGCUUGCUACGAGGAAACUUGAAGCAUUUUUCAGCCAUGUCAGCGACGAGGACGAUGGUAACACAACAGUAUCGACCCUCCUCUUGACAAUGAGCCCGAUAGAAAAUGGACAGAAGCUGAUUUGUCGAGUAACAAAUCACCAGCUUCCUGGAAGCACCUGGGAGGACUCGAUUCAGCUAAAUAUUAUUCAUGCCCCAGUUGUCUCCCUACGAGGAGUCGGAGGUCACGAGGCUUCCAACAUACACGUCGUCUCACAGAGCCAAGAUGUCAUACUUGAGUGCGUCAUUAUUGCUAAUCCGCCGGUCACACGUGUGUUCUGGACUCUUAACGACCGGCUCCUAGAAGAUAACACCUUAAGACGCAAUUCCAGCUUGGUUACGCCUUCGUCGACCGCUACGACCACCAUCACGGAUGCAUUGCUGGUUAAGCCAGGACAUCGUUUUACGACGCGAUUAAUGCUCCAAAACGUUACUGCUGGCCAGCAUAAUGGACGUUAUAAUUGCGACGUCACCAAUCCUUUAGGAUCGGUGAGGUCGAACGAUCUCGACCUUCGUGUUAGAUAUUCGCCACGAUGCCAUCCAUCGGUAGACAAAGUGUACCGCUACGGCGCUUCAAACAAAGGUUCGAUAAGGACCAUACCUAUGCUGGCAAUUCGGUGUCAGAUGGACGCGGACGCAAUGGAUCGGUUACACUUUACGUGGAUAGCGUACAACUCAUCGGGUUCAAACGAAUGGCACGUAUUUCACCCGUCUGCGCAUCAGGUUAUGAACGAGACCACAAGUCAGCUCAGCUACAGACCGUCCUCACUGAACGAAGAACUCACUAUCGAGUGUUGGGCCAAUAACAGCGCUUAUAUAAAUAGUUCGGUACAUGAACCCGAACCGUGCGUGUUCCACAUCGAACCCUAUGGUGUUCCGCCAGUGCUUGAAAACUGCCAGGUAGUAAAUCAGGCGCAGAGCUGGUUUUUCCUCGAAUGUGAUUCGAUACGGCAGGUGGAUGACAAAUCUAAGGAAUUUUAUGUACUAGAAUUGUAUAACGCGGACAACGGGAAAUUACUCGCAAAUCUCACUUCAGACGAGCCCGCCUUCCAGGUAGUAGACCUCCCAGAUGCCACGGAAUGCAUUGCGCAAGUGUUUGCUGCUAACGAAAAAGGCCGCUCUGACCCAUCUCGGGUCAUUAUACAGGCCAUCUCGCCACCGUCAAAGCUGCUCACAUCAGGUGUAGGAGCUUCGGUGACUGUUGUGAGUACGCUCGUGGCAUGCAUCGUCAUACUCGGAGCACUUGCGUUGAGUUAGCGGCGACUUCGCUCCCGGAGAGUGAGAGCCCACAAACACCAUCUAAAAGAGGAAGAUGAUAAGCAUCCACGACAACAGUAUGAGCAGCAAGGGCGACAUUGCCAUGGCCGGCGUGGUAGCCAACCGGAAGUUAAUUACCUCGGAGGAAAGCCAGGUCGGCGAGAAGGACAGCGGCCGCCGCCCAGUCCGAAGAAAACAAUUAGCAUGUUAAUGAAAAUUAAGAAAGAAACAGUCAGAAAGACGAUUGGGAUGCCGGACUGUACCGAUGAUGAACAAAUGACGGAAACGGUGGUUGUGCACGUUCAAGGAAAUGAAAUUGAUGCCGCUGUGGGCUUAAAACACAUCGCGAAUAUGACAAUUAUGGAAGAGGUGGAGAGAGAAAAAGCAAAGCUGGCCGAAGAAGGUGCGAAAGGCGCGGUCGAGCAGCCCCUCUCCGGGACACGGGACGGUCAAGGCUGUGCCCUACAGCUCUUGUCGAGAUUCGCAUUACCAACACAACUGCGUUGGGAUCGACGAUGGCGUAGGAAUCAUGACAUUGGCGGGGGCAGCCGCAAUGGCAACGUCAACUAUGACAAGAAGCCUGUAACUUCAUCGCACAGGCUGAUGCAUAUCACCCUGGCAGAAUUUCCAGACUCUAGGAUUAUUUCGAAUCAUGGACUAUAGCAAGGUAGUACCACAUUUUGGCACUAGUGAAUCUCUGUCGGUAAGUCUAACACAUGUAGAGCUAACAACAACAACAACAACAAAUAGAUCAUUAGAAGAAACUCAUACACAUUUAGCACAAUUUCGGUCCAUGUGAUGCUCACUCAGCUCUAUAAAUACUGGACUGCUAAUUGUGUUAGGCAAGUUAUAUGGUGAAACAAUGGAUAUUUUUGAAGGAAAAAAAAAACGAAAAGAUAACGAAGUGAUGAAACAUUACGGAGUAUGGGUGUGACGUACGACCGAACAAAGAGGGUUGAUCCCAAACAUGUCAGCUCAAGUACCAACGUACGCUAAACCCUAUAGUUUGGUUAAAAAUUUUUGAUUGCUACGGUGCAAUUGGGCUUACGACGUGUUGAUAACAAAAUGGCUAGCUAUGAUAUGAACGAUCCUAUAAGUGACAUUGAUUCGUAAUACGAACUUUUCCAUUGUACAUAAUUAUCCCAAUGAAGAACAAAUAGAGAUGAUGAACCAACAAGCAAGUGAGUAAAUGGGUUGAAAUGCGAACACUGUUUUGCACUUAGUGGUGGUUCAAUUAGUCAUAUAGGAGGGAGGAGUCAUAUAGGAGGAUAUCGAUUAAUUACACUGCACGAUAGAAGGAGGGAUGACCUAUGAUGUGUAGUAGGUUAUAGGUCGCAAGAACAGACCCAACUAACGUGAUUGUGUAUUCCCUGUAAGAAGAAAGCCCAAUAAACUUGGGUUAAAUAAUAUGGGUUAAGAAAAGCGAUUGGCUGCCAUUUGGCUCGAAAAUGGAAGGUUCUGUUUCGAACAAGAAGCUGGAGGUGGUGUGAUCUAGAUUAUAGAGACAUUACUCAGUCUAUAAAACGAAAUACCGCUAACAUUUAGCCAUUUCUAAGCCAUUAGGCAAUAUAUGACAUGUACAGUUCCUGUAUUAUGUGUAAAUAUCUAAGAAAGGAAA